GGAGCAAACAGUGGAUGCAGAGCACAUCCAGGAGUCAGACACAGCGUGUGGACGGCACAAUGGCUUCAUCUCAAGGGAAGAGCGAUCUGCAAUCCGCAGACUGGAUGGCAAGUUUGCCACAAAGGAUCCACAGGGUCCCCCUCACCAGCCUGGCUAUCCCAGGAUCUCAUGACUCCUUCAGCUUCUACAUUGACGAGGCCUCUCCAGUAGGACCUGAACAACCGGAAACUGUCCAGAAUUUUGUUUCUGUGUUUGGAACUGUUGCCAAAAAGUUGAUGAGAAAAUGGUUAGCCACCCAGACCAUGAAUUUCACGAGUCAAAUGGAGGCCGGUAUAAGAUAUUUUGACCUCCGCAUUUCAACAAAGCCCAGAGACCCUGAUAAUGAGUUGUAUUUCGCUCAUGGAUUGUUUAGUGCCAAAGUCAACGAAGGUCUUCAAGAGAUUAAUGCCUUUCUGUCCAAUCACAGUAAAGAAGUGGUCUUUUUGGACUUUAAUCAUUUCUAUGGGAUGCAAAAAUACCAUCAUGAAAACUUAGUUCAAAUGCUUAAGGACAUCUUUGGGAAUAAGUUGUGUCCAGCUAUAUUUGCCCAGGAAGUGAGUCUCCAGUAUCUGUGGGAGAGAAAUUAUCAAAUUUUGGUGUUUUAUCACAGCCCAGUGGCUCUUGAAAUCCCUUUUCUGUGGCCUGGGCAAAUGAUGCCAGCCCCCUGGGCAAAUACCACAGACACUGAAAAACUGAUUCUGUUCCUGCAGUCGUCAAUCACUGAACGGAGGAAGAAAGGCUCGUUUUUUAUUUCUCAGGUGGUAUUAACACCAAAGGCUAGUACUGUGGUUAAAGGAGUUACCAGUGGCCUAAGAGAAACCAUUACUGAAAGAGCUUUACCUUCUAUGAUGCAAUGGGUUCGAACUCAAAAGCCAGGAGAAAGCGGAAUCAACAUCGUCACGGCGGAUUUUGUAGAAUUAGGCGACUUUAUCAGCACCGUCAUAAAGCUCAAUUAUCUUUUGGAUGAAGAGGACAGCAUGACUUGAUAAUGCAAGAGACCUUUCCAGAAAUAAGAUAUAAAUGCUGCAGUGUAAUUGUAUUAGCAAUGUUAUGAUGUAACACACAGAAUUCUUCCUAUUACCUUCCGAGUUGCUUGGGUCUUGUUGCUGGAGGGCUAAUCGGGAUAGUCAGACUAUUUUAGCUUAAUUUUACAUGUAGAAAUAGAAAAAUAAA